UGACUUACCAGUGAAACGGGAUGUAAGAGCUGUUGAGAGCGUUUCCGCCUUUAUUUUUACGGUGACAUUAUAGUUUUGUUCGCCUGCUUGGACUUUUUGCACCUCUUUUGAAGGCUGACCUAGACUCGGAUGGAAUAAGAAAAUGUCAAGAAAAGGAAUUAGGAUGGAAUCAGGAAACUGGGUGGCUGUUCUGUCCCUCCUGCUCUCUACAUGCUUUAUUGCAACCGUCACUGCGCUGAUUGAUCCCCUGGUGUUUGAGGAGCAGCUGCUGUGGGUGAGCGGGGCCAACGGGAAUGUACACAGCUACAGGAUCCCGCUCAUCACCUCCACCCCAAAAGGAACCCUUUUGGCCUUUGCAGAGGCAAGAAAGUUCUCAUCUGGCGACAGUGGAGCAAAGUUCAUUGCAGUACGGAGGUCCACUGACAGAGGCAGGGAUUUAUCGGCAAUCGCCGGAAACACCUGGUCUCCAUCCUCCUUUAUCUUGGAUGACGUGGACAACCUGGAUGGUUUAAACCUGGGCUCAGUGGUGGUGGACAGAGCGAAGAACAGCGUGUUCCUGAUCUACUCCCUGUGCUUCCACCUGUACCACUGCAGCCCGGCCAGCACCAUGAUGAUAAAGAGCACGGAUGACGGCCUGAGCUGGAGCGUGCCCAAGAACCUCUCUGUCCAGCUCGGGGUCAAGGCCUUUGCUCCAGGGCCAGGCUACGGCAUCCAAAAGCGCUAUCCGCCAGCAAAGGAUAGACUCGUGGUUUGUGGUCAUGGGACUCUGGAGGGCGACGGCGUAUUUUGCAUCCUGAGCGACGACUACGGCGAGACCUGGUACAACGGCGCGGCGCUGAAGAGCAUCCCUUACAACCAGAAGAAGAGGGCCCAGGACUUCAACCCCGAUGAAUGCCAGCCGGUGGAAAUGAUGGACGGCAGCAUCAUGAUCAAUGUAAGGAACCAGAACAACUACCACUGCCGCUGUCGCAUUGUGGUGCGCAGCACCGACGGAGCGCUGACCCUCCCGGUAGACGAGCUGUUCUUCGACUACGCGCUGGUGGAUCCAGUGGUGGCAGCUGGAGUUCUGCAGAAAAACGGAAUGCUCUUCUUCACCAACCCCUCCAAUGAGCAGCACAGAGUGAAUUUGACGUUACGGUGGUCGAUGACAAACGGCAAGAGCUGGGAAAACAAGGCCGUCCAGAUAUGGGAAAAAGCGAGCGGCUACUCCAGCAUGACAUCAAUGGACAGCGACGCUGUAGCCGAUGAGAAGUACAUCUUUGUCAUCUAUGAGAAGGGUCACACAGACUAUGAUGAGACCAUCUCAUUUGUUAAAAUCCACCUAUAUGGAGGCCGAAAAUCCAGGAAGCAGAAAAACUUGUUCUCACCAGUGACUUUCUCCUUCGGAAAAUACAAGACCCUUAAAGCUCACUUUUUAAAAAAAAAAGAAGUCUCAGGGCUCACCAUACUCAAUGAGCGGACAGCGCAAUGUCAGAGCGCUCUGGGCAAACUGCAAAGGGGAAGGAAGGCAAAACCAAGUAUGCGUCUCUCAACCUGUUUGAUACAUACAAAGGAAAGAGCCUUGAAACACAAAAGCCCGUUGUGGCCCAUCUCUGUUAAUGACCUGCUUUCUUCUCCCUCAUCAGUUCCCGCCCGCCAUGGCCUGCAGUCUCUCGGUAAAGUUGCCUCCGCACGGCGUAUGCCACCCCCUGCCAACCUGCCCAGUCUGAAGGCGGAGAACAAAGGCAACGAUCCCAACGUCUCGCUCGUUCCCAAAGACGGCACAGGAUGGGCAAGCAAACAGGAACCAGCAGACCCAAAGAGUACCGAUGCAUUGUCAGCACCGCAGCCGGAAUCGCAGCAGCCUGUGGCUUCACAGAUACCUGCACCGACCCACCCGAGAACCCCGCCAGCUUCAGAGGUUCUGGCCCCAACUUCAACCCAGGCCGUAGGGGCAAGGUCCUGGGCACAGGCCAGUGUUACACAUGGAACACAAGGGGAUGGUGGAAAGGGAUCAAACCUACCGUCGCCAUUCUCUCGCGAGGAAUUUCCCACCCUGCAGGCGGCUGGCGACCAGGACAAAGUUGGCAAAGAACAGGCCACUGCAGAUCAGUGGUAUGGGCCCGGACCAAGCCUCCGCCCCCAGAACGUUACAAGCUGGCGGGACGGUGGGGGCCGUGGUCUGGCGCCCACCGGGCCUGGGGAGGGGGCAGCAGAGGGUGGCACCGGUGGAUCUCUGGUAAUGGAUGGGGCAGCUGGGGUCGCCCUUCCAAACUCCCAGAACCAUGGGCCACCUAGGAAUUCUCCUGCUGGCAGCCCCGCCUUGCCCCUGCCCCAGCCCCCUGUGGGUCCUGGGUUUCCUGCCUACCGAGGGAUCAUGCCGCCCUUUAUGUAUCCCCCCUAUCUGCCCUUCCCGGCACCCUAUGGCCCUCAAGGGCCCUACAGGUUCCCGCCUCCUGGGGAAGGGCCUCCUCCAAGAUUCGCACGUGGGCAAGGUGGCCCUGAUAGCCGGUCACAUGGCGGCAUGCGUGAUUCAGGUGGAGACGUGGUGAAACGACCUCCUAUCCUAAAGCAGGAUGACCUGAAGGAGCUAGAUGAGCUGGAUCAUGAUGGAGACGAGGGCUGGGCAGGGGCUCAUGAGGAGAUUGAUUACUCCGCUAAGUUGAAGUUCAGUGAUGAUGAAGGAGACGAAGAGGGAGAAGAGGACAGAACAGGGAACAACAAUGACUCACGCGAGCAGCAGAGGUCCCAGGAUGCUCCCACAGCAGCCUCUCACUCUCGAGCCCCGGACAGCGGCAUAGACACCCGUCGCACGCCUCCCUCAAGCGCUGACAAUGGCCCCCAGCCCCCCUCCAGCAAGCCAGGAUGGGCCGAGGAGGGAGGCAGUGGUUGGGGAAAUCAGGGAGCACCGUCCACUUACCAGGGGCGCAGGCCGGGAUUGGGUGGUCCCCGGGAGCAGCCCUCCCCCCCACCUGGGCCGCUCCUCGGACAGGGGCCCUACUCCUUUUACCGACAGGAACGGUCUCACAAUCAGUCUGCUGGCCCGGGGAAACAGCCAGCAGCUGGAAGUCCCAACCCGUCUGCUCAGCCUGGCCUGCUGGUCCCUGGAGCCCAGGGAGAAGAUGAAGACGAGACUUGGCGACAACGCAGAAAGCAGUCAUCCACUGAGAUCUCUGCAGCUGUGGAGCGAGCCCGUCGCCGCCGCGAGGAGGAAGAACGUCGGAUGGAGGAGGAGCGACGUGCGGCCUGUGCUGAGAAGCUGAAGCGGCUGGAUGAGAAGCAGCAGCAGCAACAGGGCAGCAGCACGGGAGCCGGCAGUAAGACCCCCAGUCUCGAUGGAAACUGUGCAGCGGUUACUGCAGGCAGCCCCAGUCCGUCUGUCUCAGCUUCCUCACCAAACAUCAGCCAGCCCCCCUCUCCUUGUGUGGACCAUGAAGAGCCUCCAGUUCUCGUGGUCCAACCAGGAUCCAGUACUGGAACAAAUGACCGCCAGCGAGCUAGCAGCAACAGCAGCUACGACUCCAGUGCAGAUGCCCAACAAUGUUCCCAGCCGGCUGCGUCCCAGCCACAGCAGUCCUCACUGGAAGCACCUUCAACUGGAGAGGGUAAAGAAGAGGCCUUGGGCGGUCCCCACAUUCGUGCUGGAAGUGGAGGUGAACGAGGAGUCGACAUAGUGAAGAUGGAGAAUACCAGUGGGGGAGUAGGUCGCCAAGCCAGUGGUCCUCCCGGUCAGGGAUAUUCAAAGUAUCAGAAGUCUCUUCCUCCUCGCUUUCAAAGACAGCAGCAGGAGCAGCUCCUGAAGCAACAGCAGCAGUGGCAACAACAGCAGCAGCACAGCCAGGCUUCACAAAGCCAGCUGUCCCCACAGCCUCAGGCUCCUCAAGGGCCAUCACCAGGCUCAACACCUCAACCAGGGCCUGGACCAAAGCAGGGGGGGCCCUUGUAUCAACCCGGCAAUAUGGUUCGCCCUCCACCUCUUCCGAUGAACUUUGACCCUCGUUGGAUGAUGAUGCCCUACAUGGACCCUCGCAUGAUUCAAGGUCGCCCUCCACCCAUGGAUUACUAUUCACCGGGGAUGCACCCAUCUGGACUUAUAGGGCGUGAGCGAUCCGAUUCAGGGGGAUCUGGCUCGGAGCCCUUUGACAGGCAGCAGCAGCAUGCGGGACACCCACACCGCGGGACCCCCCCUAUGGAUCCUAAGCUGGCCUGGGGCUCAGAGGUAUUCCCGGGCGGAGGGGAGAACCGUGGGCUAACCUCCCCCCACAGACAGAAGCAACCGUUGGAGGAUGAUGACACAAAGGGGCCCAGGAGUGAUACUCCUCCACACCGCUUGCGUGAGGGUGGAUUGGGACCUAUCCAGCAGCCCAGCUCAUCAUCAGGGGCAUCCAGUCAAACUCCUCCUCCAGUUGGUGCUCAAGCCGGUGCCCAGGCAGGCAGCCACCACCCCCAUCACUACCAUGGUGGGCGAGGCAACUACAGCAACUUUCCUGAUCAGGGUGGAAGGAUGCCCUCCCACCAACAGCAUCAGAGAGCGGAUGAUAGGGGAAACCAGCCACACGGCUUCCCCCACUCAGAGGAGGGGCCAUCCCGAGGAGCUCAGCAGGGCCAGAUAUGGGGAGCGCCACAUCCCCACUACGAUCGUAAUGGCCGAGCAGAGCAUCCUCCCGUGGAAAGCAACUCUCAUCACCACCACCAUCAUGGCCACCACCCUCAGCAGGCUCACUUUCCGCACCACCCCCAUAAGGCAGAACACAAUCGGGACAGGGCUGGCGAUGGCCAAACUAAGAAGAAUGGUUCUUCUCCCCCUCUCCAUCAACCUUCUCUGUCAUCCUCCUGCUCGUCUUCUUCCUCUUCCUCUGCCAGGGAUGAUGGCAAAGCACAGCACCAUCACCCACCCCAGAGAGAGGGUGAAACUGGCGUCAGCCAUAGCGGUAAUGCCAGCAACAGUCACGCAAAACAGGAGAAGACGGGCUCGUCACAUGCACCUCAUUCCACCAUCACCUCAAGCCCGCCUCCCUCUCAGCAUGGUGGCCAUAAUCAGUCGCAGCAGCAUCCCCAUCCCCAUCCCCAUCCCCAUCCUAAAACGAACCAAAGAGGAGGGCGGGAGCACAAGACGGAGACUCAAUGGGGCCCACGGCCAGGAAGCAGCAGUAUGGGUGGGGGAUCCUCUCAUGGCAGAAGGGCCAACAAUGCAGGAGGUGGGAACAACCCUCGUGGAGGAGACGAUUCCUCCAAUGCUGCAUCGGACCACAAACCCUCCAGCCAGAGUGGCGGCGGUCCCAACAGGCGGGCGGGUCCAAUUAAGAAGCCAAUGCUGAAAGAAAUGAAGAGAGAGGGAGGGGAAGCUGAUGGAGGAGAAAAAACAGGUGGAAAAGAAAAGGAUCAAGAUGGUGGCCAGAUGGCCUCCACGAAGCAGGAAGCCUCCUCCAACACCUCAGUUCAGUCUAAAGAUGAGCAUGCCCAGGUAGCCAAACCAAGGAAUGGAGGAAAAGAACGAUCCUCAGGUGCAGGUGGAGGAGGCUCAGGUAGAGGGCCCAAAGAUCUAGAUGCUGCAUCAGGAUUUUCAGGAUCUUCCUCCAGGAAGGACAGAGAUCGCUCCUUUGAAAUAGGCGGCAGCUCCCACCACGGAGUCCCUCCCAAAGGCAACAGGGCCAGCCGAGGUCGAGGCGGAGAGUUCUACGGGCGUGGCCGUGGUUAUCGGGGCAGCUACACAGUUAGCGCCGGACCCACCAGUAACGGCCGGGGCAGAAUGGGUGGUAGGAGCGGUAGAGACUACCGUUCAACAGUUGGCGGUGGCCAUCACCAGGAAGCCAAGGGUGACGGAGCCGGUGGAAGGCAUGGCCAGGAUCGCUCCCAGCAUAACCCUGCCAGAGCCAGAAACCGCAGUGAAACCCGCAGUGAGGGCUCAGAGUAUGAAGAAAUGCCCAAAAGAAGAAGAGAGCGAGGCUCCGAGACUGGCAGUGAGAGUGGUGCAAGUGAUAUCGGCCACUCAGACAAAGAAGACAACCACAAACCCACCACCAAGAAUGGUUCUGAUAAUGUCAACCCCACAGGAAACAUUUCAUCUGCCCCGCCCAGAGGGUCACAGGCCCGCGUCUUCACACCAAGGGGUGUGCCCUCUAGGAGGGGCAGGGGUGGGGGCGGUGGGGGAGGAAACAUCUACAGGGGAAGUGGGAAUAUUGGAGGAAUGGCUGGGGGACACCGGGUUGGACCCAACUCUGGUUCUCACGGUGGUUCAUCCAAGUCAUCAGCUUCAGGCAGGAAACAGCAAGGUCAGCCACAAACCUCCGGCCCCAAAGAAUUUGGUCGGGGUGGAAAUGCCGGAGAAAAGAAGGACAAGGUAGCUGAUGGAAGUCAAACUCAGAAUCAGGGGGCCACUCCCCCUCAGCCAUCCUUGCCUGCCACAGCCCCUGCUCCUCUCAGUUCUUCUGAAAAUGGAGGGGUCCCGCCCCAGCAAGCUUCAACCAAUCCUGCACCAAACCCCGGAGGGCCGAACGCGCCCCCUCCUCCAAACCAGCGCGGGUUUGAGAGACCCCCUCGACGCCGCCGUCAUGGACGCUCUCAGCACCAGCAGGACAAACCACCCCGCUUCCGAAGACUGAAGGAGCGAGAGAAUGCGGCGCGCAUCAACGGAGGGGUCGGGGUCAUCGGGGGUGGAAGACCAUCGUCUCCCUCUGUGACCUCAGUUCAGGACAGUAACGGAGCGCCAGUCUCUGCUCCCAUCACGGCAAAUGCCCAAAAUGCUAAUCACAGCGCCGCCCUAACAUCCAAUAGCAACAGUGGUAGCGGGCUUCUUAACAAUGCAAACAACCACCACCACCACCACUACAACCAAGGCACCGCUGGCCCCAACCACCCCCAACACCACCACAACCACGGAGCAAAGUCACCUGACUUCACCAACCAGAACUCAGACCAGGCCAACGAGGAGUGGGAGACCGCCUCCGAGAGCAGCGACUUCACCGAGUUCAGAGACAGGGAUGGAGGGGGAGGGGGAGGGGGGGGGGGAGGGGGAGGCGGAGGGGGGAAACCAUAUGCCUCUCACCAUCACCACCACCCGGGACGGGGUGGAGGGGGCGGCGGCGGAGGGGGAGGUCCAGCAGAGCGCGAUAUGAUGGGCAAAGACCCCGCAGCCAAUAAAAGAAGCUUCUCAAGCCAGCGUCCUGGGAUGGAUCGACAGAACCGGCGGGUCAAUACUGGAGGAGGGGGAGGCGGAGGCAGAGGCCCACGAGGCCCACCUGGUGGCGGCGGUUCUGGCGGGCCCGGCAGCGGAGGCGGCAACAGAGGGGAGAAGCGAGGCAACUGGCCUUCGCCGAAAAAUAGGAAGUGA